AUGAAGAAUUACAACAGCAGCCCCCGUCAAAACAACCAGACUCCUAAUCACAGUAGAGAUCGGAACAACAAGACAGUCCACUGGUUUUCUGCGAUUUGGCUUCGUUUCUCUCUGCGCGAUUAUGGUUUCUGCAUGGCUACACUGUUUCUCUUCUGCUUCGGUUCGCUGGUUUACCAGUUGAACGGAGGACCCCCUAAAGUUCUGCUUGAAAUCCGUCGUUAUCUCGGAGAAUCCACUUUUGUUGAUGACCAUGGACCUCCAGCGCCAAGGGUGUUGCCUUUUCCCAGUCAGGUCAUCUAUAAUCGUGUGGGGAAGUGCGGCAGCCGCACGGUCGUUCUCUUGCUCAGGAUCCUGGCAGAGAGACACCAGUUUAACCUGGUCUCAUCUGACAUCCACAACAAAACCAGGCUCACCAAACACGAGCAGGUGGAUUUGAUGAGAAACAUCAGCAGCAUCCCUCAACCCUUUCUCUACACCAGACAUGUUCACUUCCUCAACUUCACAAGGUUUAGGAUAGAACAGCCGGUCUACAUAAACAUCAUCAGGGAUCCCAUCAACCGUUUCCUCUCCAACUAUUUCUUCCGUCGUUUCGGCGACUGGAGAGGAGAACAGAACCACCUGAUCCGGACGCCACGGAUGAAGGACGAUGAGAGAUACCUGGAUAUUAAUGUGUGUAUCCUGGAGAACUACCCAGAGUGCUCUAACCCACGUCUCUUCUACAUAGUGCCCUAUUUCUGUGGCCAGCAUCCCCAGUGCAGGGAGCCAGGGGUGUGGGCACUGGAAAGAGCCAAACAGAAUGUACUAGAAAACUUCCUCCUCGUGGGCAUUCUGGAAGAGCUGGAGGAUGUGCUUCUCCUGCUAGAGAGACUCUUACCUCACUACUUCAGCGAUGUGCUGACCAUCUACAGAAGUCCAGAGUUCUGGAAAAUGGGGAACCUGACGGGCACGGUGAAAAAACACACCCCUACGUUGGAGGCCCUCCGCGUUCUUUACCACCGCAUGAAGUACGAGUACGAGUUUUACAACUUCGUCCGCGACCAGUUCCACCUUACCAAGAAAAAGAUCGGCCUCAAAUCCGCCCGCCAGCCGGCUCCGCGUGAACCCAGCUUCCUGCGGGAGCUCGCCCUCAGGACCCCGGAGCCUCUGGAGGAGGAAGAGGAGGAGGAAGGGCUUGACGAUGCUAACAACUGGCUAGUCCAACCUUAA